CUAGAAAACAAGAGGGACGCCUUCUUCCCGCUCCAUCAGUUCUGCACCAACCCCGCCAACCCGGCAACCGUCAUCAGAGGACUGGCCGGAGCUCUCAAACUGGAUUUGGGCCUGUUCUCCACGAAGACGCUGGUGGAGGCGAACCCGGAUCACAUGGUGGAGGUGAGAACGCAGCUCGCUCAGCCCACCGACGAGAACUGGGACCCGAGCGGCAGCAGGAAGAUGUGGCGCUGCGAGAGCAGUCGCUCACACACCACCAUCAUCAAAUACGCUCAGUACCAGGCCUCGUCCUUCCAGGAGUCUCUGAGGGAGGAGAACGAGAAGAGGAAGGAGACUGAAGCAGAAGCGGGAUCCUCAGACAGGCGCAGGAAAGGUCCUUUCAAACACCUCAAGUUUGGCACCAACAUCGAACUCUCUGACGAGAAGAAGUGGAAACCGCAGCUUCAGGAGUUGUCCAAACUUCCAGCGUUUGCCCGGGUGGUGUCGGCAGGUAACCUGCUGAGCCACGUGGGUCACACCAUCCUGGGCAUGAACACGGUGCAGCUCUACAUGAAGGUGCCGGGGAGCAGGACUCCAGGUCACCAAGAGAACAACAACUUCUGCUCAGUCAACAUCAACAUCGGUCCCGGAGACUGCGAGUGGUUCGCUGUGCCGGAGACGUACUGGGGCGUCAUCAACGACUUCUGUGAAAAGAACAACAUCAACUUCCUGAUGGGAUCCUGGUGGCCCAACCUGGAGGACCUGUAUGAGACCAACGUGCCUGUUUACCGGUUCAUCCAGCGCCCGGGGGACCUGGUGUGGCUCAACACAGGAACCAUUCACUGGGUUCAGGCCAUCGGCUGGUGCAACAACAUCGCGUGGAACGUCGGGCCCCUCACAGCUCAUCAGUACAAGCUGGCAGUGGAGCGUUACGAGUGGAACAAGCUGCAGAGCGUCAAGUCAAUCGUUCCCAUGAUCCACCUCUCCUGGAACAUGGCGAGGAACAUCAAAGUGUCCGACCACAAGCUCUUCGAGAUGAUCAAGUAUUGUUUGUUGCGGACUCUGAAGCAGUGUCAGAUGCAGAGAGAGCUCCUGCUGAAUGCUGGCAAAGAGCUGGUGUGGCACGGGCGGACGCAGAACGAGCCGGCUCAUUACUGCAGCAUCUGUGAGGUGGAGGUGUUCGACCUGCUCUUCGUCACCAGCGAGAGCAACAGCAGAAAAACGUACGUGGUGCACUGUCAGGACUGUGCCCGCAGGGGGAGCUCUAACCUGGACAACUUUGUGGUGCUGGAGCAGUACAGGAUCGACGACCUCAUGCAGGUUUACGACCAGUUCACGCUCGCGAGCCCCCUGCCCUCCUCCUCCUCCCUGUCCUCCUGAUGCCUCCACCGUCUCAACCACAAUCAGAACUCUCCGGAAACAUUUUGUUGUUCUUCUCCGACAUUCAGGAAGUGAGCCUGGCGGUCCUCAAACGGCGCUCUUUAGCUCUCCCAUAAGGCAGCUGUGUGAAAGCUGUGUGUCUAUGCAACCUGUCCAGAGCGGUAUGACCCCCCCCCCCCCCCCCAUCAUGACCAGACUGUUCUCCUGCUGGCCCAGAAAACACAAAAAUACUCCAACGAAAAAUGAUGAAUUAAAGUUUUGUACAUAUUCUGUUU